AUGGAUCCGAUCCAAGUAUCCAACGAGCUCUCUUUCCGCGUCGGAUUCUCCGGCCACAGCGGCCAUCUCAGGGUGGAGCCGCUGUCCACGGUGGAACGUCCCAAGCCGCAGCAGUCCAUUCCCGAUUUCAUUCUGCCACCUGCCUUUCCUAGGGAGACACCUGAAUCUAUAACGAAGUUUAUAGAAGAGACUUAUCUCCAGCCGAGAUUGGAUCCAGAUGAAUUUGCACCAGAAAAAGUUGGGAGGCAGUGGGAAUUUGAUUGGUUUGACAGGGCUAAAGUUCCUCUUGAGCCAUCAGUGCCGCGAACUGUGGUAGUUCCAAUAUGGGAACCUCCGUUUCGACGUCCAGUGAAAGAAACCUGGAAGCCAAAAUUUGAGGAGGUGAGUGUAUCUGAUCUGUCAUCAGGAGCUGUAGAAUCUGGACCAUUGCCACGCACUUCUGUGAAGGAUUUUGUUAGGGGAAGCAUCAACAAUCGCCCUUUUCGUCCAGGAGGUUUGGAUGAUUCACAAAGUCUAGAAAGAACUCUUCCACCUGGUGCUACUAAUGGCGAAUGGGUCCGUGAAAUUUUAAAUGGUGGCCCUGCGCAGACAAUACCGCCUAGCCUAAAGCAAGGAUUGGACCUUGGUGCACUCAAGCGGUAUCCAUUGUCAUGGAAUGUUUACAAGGAUGCCAAUACGCCAAAGAGCUCAUUAGAUGAAAAUUCGAGUGGAUUGUCUGUACAGUUUGACGACUUAUUCAUGAAGGCUUGGGAAGAGGAUGCUGUUGGAGAACAAGAUGAAGAUGGUCAUUUAUCAGAAGUGGAGACUGUUACGGUGGAAGCUGAAGUUGAUACACCCGAAGCAUCCAGCAAAGCUAGCGAGAGUGGAAUGUCACUUGAUGAAAUUUUAUCAGCUGACUCAGAAGGGUCAAAACUGCAUUUGGAGGGAUUUAGUGGCGAAGUGGGACACAAGAAAAAGCUAACUUGGGCUAAGCUCGAAGCCAGCGAAGAAAUUGCUGAUCGCUUUCAUGAACUUAUUCCUGACAUGGCACUAGAGUUUCCUUUCGAAUUGGAUGCAUUUCAGAAGGAGGCUAUUUAUUAUCUUGAAAAGGGGGAAUCUGUUUUUGUGGCUGCUCACACAUCCGCCGGAAAGACAGUAGUUGCUGAAUAUGCAUUUGCCCUAGCAUCAAAACACUGCACUAGAGCUGUGUAUACUGCUCCAAUUAAAACCAUUAGCAAUCAGAAAUAUAGAGAUUUUUGUGGGAAGUUUGAUGUCGGGCUUCUUACCGGUGAUGUAAGCUUGAGGCCAGAGGCUUCUUGUCUCAUCAUGACUACAGAAAUUUUAAGAUCAAUGCUCUAUCGCGGUGCAGAUAUAAUUCGCGACAUUGAAUGGGUUAUAUUUGACGAGGUGCACUAUGUCAAUGAUGUAGAACGAGGUGUAGUUUGGGAAGAAGUAAUUAUCAUGCUUCCAAGGCACAUCAAUAUCAUCCUCCUUUCUGCCACGGUUCCCAAUACCAUUGAAUUUGCCGAUUGGAUUGGCAGGACAAAACAAAAGGAAAUCCGGGUUACGGGGACAACAAAAAGACCCGUCCCAUUGGAGCACUGCCUUUUUUACUCUGGAGAACUAUUCAAAAUUUGUGAGAGGGAAAUAUUUCUGCCUCAGGGUUUGAAAGCUGCUAAAGAUGCUUCAAGAAAAAAACAUUUGACUGCUGGUCAUGACAAUGCUCGUGUUCAAAAACGAGAAAAUACAUCUCGAACGAAACAGCAUGGAACUAAUUUCUCUGGAACUGGCAGCGGCUAUCAUAAUAAUGGCAAUGGCCAAAGCAGAUGGAGAGCAGAAGCUUCAAUGUGGCUGAUGCUUAUCAACAAACUCUCCAAAAAAUCCUUACUUCCUGUGGUCAUCUUUUGUUUUUCUAAAAAUCGAUGUGAUAAAUCUGCCGAUGGCAUGACUGGAACUGACCUCACUAGUAGCUCAGAAAAAAGUGAGAUCCGUCUUUUCUGUGACAAAGCAUUUUCAAGACUGAAAGGAUCCGACAGAAAUUUACCACAGGUUGUUCGAGUCCAAAGUCUUCUUCGGAGAGGGAUAGGAGUACAUCAUGCUGGCCUUCUUCCAAUUGUAAAGGAAGUUGUUGAAAUGCUGUUUUGCCGCGGUGUUAUCAAGGUCUUGUUUUCCACAGAGACGUUUGCAAUGGGAGUCAAUGCGCCUGCUAGAACGGUAGUCUUUGAUACUGUAAGGAAGUUUGAUGGGAAGGAAUUUAGGCAGUUACUACCAGGAGAAUACACUCAAAUGGCAGGUCGUGCUGGCAGAAGAGGACUUGAUAAGAUUGGUACCGUCAUUUUGAUGUGUCGCGACGAACUCCCAGAAGAGAGUGAUUUAAAACAUGUUAUUGUUGGAAGUGCAACUCGUCUUGAAUCUCAAUUUCGGCUAACCUAUAUUAUGAUCUUGCAUCUUCUUCGAGUUGAAGAAUUGAAGGUAGAGGACAUGCUUAAAAGAAGUUUUGCUGAAUUUCAUGCUCAGAAAAAACUUCCGGAAAUGCAACAGCUUUUGAAGCGAAAGCUUAAUCAGCCUACACAGGUUAUUGAAUGUAUAAAGGGCGAGCCAACUAUUGAAGAGUACUAUGAUUUAUAUUUCGAAGCCGAGAAAUACAACAGCCAGAUAUCAGAGGCAGUCUUGCUGUCUCCCAAUGCUCAAUCAUUUCUCAAUGUUGGAAGAGUUGUUGUCAUAAAAUCAGAAUCAGCCCAGGACCACUUGCUUGCAGUGAUUGUGAAAACUCCUUCUACAAAUAGUAAACUAUACAUAGUUUUUGUGAUUAGACCUGACAUGCCAUUCCCAGUGGAAAAUGCUUCAGGUGGUGGGAAAUCGCAGGACAAAAGCGGUACAUUUGACGAAGGUGUUUUUGUAAUGCCAAAAUCAAGACGUGGUCUUUUAGAUGAAUAUGCUACAUCUGUUUCUGCUCGCAAAGGAAAAGGUGUCGUCAACAUCAAAUUGCCCCAUCGAGGUUCUGCUUGUGGAAUGAGCUAUGAAGUCCGUGAAGUUGAUAUUAAAGAAUUUCUAUGUAUAUGCAGUAGAAAAAUUAAGGUUGACCUAGUUGGACUUCUUGAAGAUGUUAGCUGUUCUGUUUACGCAAAGACUGUUCAGUUGCUCCAGGAUUUGAAAUCAAAUGGAAAUAAGUAUCCUCCUGCUCUGGAUCCUGUGAAAGAUCUAAAGUUGAAAGAGGUGGGACUUGUGGAAACAUACCGUAAGUGGACUAGAUUGUUGGAGAAAAUGUCCCAAAAUCAGUGUAAUGGGUGUAUAAAAUUGGCAGAGCACCUCAAGUUAGCAAAAGAGAUAAAAACACACAAAGAAGAAGUCAUUGAACUCCAGUUUCAAAUGUCGGAUGAAGCACUUCAACAGAUGCCAGACUUUCAGGGCCGGAUAGAUGUUCUAAAGGAAAUUGGAUGCAUUGAUGAAGACCUCGUCGUUCAAAUGAAAGGCCGAGUUGCUUGUGAGAUGAAUUCUGGGGAGGAAUUGAUAUGUACAGAGUGCUUGUUUGAGAACCAGCUCGAAGAACUGGAACCAGAAGAAGUAGUGGCGUUAAUGUCUGCUUUUGUGUUCCAGCAGAAGAAUGCAUCCGAGCCUUCACUCACGAGCAGAUUAUCUGAAGCGAAAAAUAGAUUGUAUAAAACAGCUAUAAGACUAGGAGAGCUUCAAGCAUCGUUUAAGCUCCCAAUAAGCCCUGAGGAGUAUGCCCAAGAAAAUCUAAAAUUUGGUCUCGUUGAAGUGGUUUAUGAAUGGGCAAAGGGUACUCCGUUUGCUGACAUAUGUGAGCUUACUGAUGUUCCUGAAGGCAUGAUAGUAAGGACCAUUGUCAGGUUGGACGAGACAUGUCGAGAGUUCAAAAAUUCUGCAGCAAUUAUGGGUAAUUCUGCCCUCUGCAAAAAAAUGGAAUUUGCUUCUAAUGCAAUAAAACGUGACAUUGUGUUUGCAGCUAGCUUGUAUAUUACCGGCGUAUGA